AUGACGUCAUUAACACCCAAAGUGGCGUCACUAACACCCAAGAUGGCGUCACUAAAACAUAAGUCACAAGCGAGGGCAAUAGUCACAAUGUCAUUAUCAAGGAACGUCAGUUUGACUUCGCGGAAACCAACACCAACUCCUUGCUUAGACCCUUUCUUGUCGACAUUUCACAAACAAGAGAGGUUCAUUUGUUUUGGAGUGGACGGUGGACUUGGCAACCAGAUGUUUCUAUUUGCGUCCGCCUAUGGUAUCGCGAGAUACACCGGCCGACGUAUUGUCCUCGACAAAACUUGGCCACUGCUCAAAAUAUUCAAACCAAAUGGAAUUAUUGUCGACAGAUGCGUCUGCAAUGGUGUUCACAUAAAAAUCGCCAAGCGUAAUAGUGCUUUCGAUGAGACACUUCUACGACUUCCUAAAGUUGGAAAUUAUGAAGUAGGGACUACUUUGCAGUCUUGGAAAUAUUUCCAAAAGGUUACGAACGAGAUAAAAGCACAGUUUACGUUUAGAAAAGAUAUAUUGAAGAAGGCUUCAACAGUGUUAAACACCGUGAUAGUAGAAUACGAAAAUAGAACAGCGAAUUCGAGAAAUCCAACCCUCGUUGGUGUCCAGAUUCGAAGGGGCGACAUUGCGAACGAAAAACGAUUUAUCGAUUUCGGAUACAAAGUGGCGCCAAAAGAAUACAUCUACAAGGCCAUGGACUAUUUUAAAAAACAACUUUACAGAUGUGAUAUUUGUGUUUACCUCCGAUGA